CUGCCCGAGGAGUAGGUGGCGCGGUCCCUCUGGUCCUUGACUGGCUGUUCCUCUACUCAGUACUCAGCAGUGAGGCUGCCACUUGGUGAACGGAAGAGUCUGGAGACUGUCCUCAGGGUUGCCACCUCCCCUUCCUCUCCAGAGUGACCUGUGACAGCGAGCUGGAGAAGGCCGAGAAGACAAGAGACUAGUGGGACGGAGGCGAUGGAAAGCAGCUACAGAACCAGCCACAAUGACUUUCUGGCAUCUAAAGACUGUUGUACCAAUACAACAUCCUCUGACAAAAGUGUCAUUCCCUUGUCCUCUGCUGAAAUAAAACGAACUGUCAGUGAGUCUUCAGCCUCCAGCAAAGAGCCUGUUAAUCUUAAGCCUGCUAUUGACUUGAAUAUGAAACCAUCCUCCUCACAUUCUGAUCACUCCUCUGAAACCUCAAAAUUGCCAGAGGAAUUUUGCAUGCUUAAAUUGUUGACAAAAGAUGGACAUCGCCCUGAGUGGACGUUUUACCCGAGACCAAGCAGCAAUAUCCACACCUACCAUGUUGGAAAGCAGUGUUUCUUUAAUGGGGUCUUCCUUGGCAAUAGGAGGUCUUUAUCAGAGAGGACAGUGGACAAGUGCCUGGGGAGGAAGAAAUAUGAUAUUGAUCCCAGGAAUGGAAUCCCAAGGUUAACUCUAGGAGAUAAUCCAUAUAUGUACCCAGAACACAGUAAAGGCUUCCACAAGAGAGGGUCAACUCUUCCACUGGUGAAUUUUUCAGUAGCACCUUACACAAAGAAAUAUGAUACAUUUAUCCCACUUGAGCCUCUGCCACAGAUUCCCAACUUGCCUUUCUCAGUGAAGGAGCAGGUCAACAGACUGAAGAAUGAGAUAAGAGAAGUUGAAGAGCUUGAAGAUUGGCGGCCGGCUACCCCCUUGAUACAAAGUUUAAUCCCUCCUGGUUCUUUGGACUUGCCAAGACAACCCUGAGCAGAAUUAGGCUCACAAAGCAUGCCCUGACUGUGUUUUGGAGAACUUUUACCUGAUUGACUGUCACUGUGACUAUACCAAGAUAAAAGAAAAUAUUUUUCAUGAGGAAUCACUGUGCUUUGCUUUUUUUAAGACUUCAUUUUGGAAAACUGUGAGAAUCAUACCAAAAAUAAAAGAACUAUGUUUUCCUCA